UCGGCGCCGGGCGGCCACGGGCGGGCCUCGCAGCUUGCAGGCCUACCAGGAUGGAGGGGAAUGCCGAAAUGGAGAUGCUGAGGACACUGAAGGGGCCCUCCACGGGAGAGGUCAACGUGCACCUGGUGGCCAGAGACAGUCCAGGUUCCAGCUCUCACCUGCCCGCUACUGCCUUCAUCAUCCCAGCCGGCUCGGCCACCCUUGGCCUGCCCAGCAGUGCCCUGGAUGUUUCCUGUUUUCCGCGGGAGACGAUCCAUGUGGGCGCUCCGGAGCGAGUGGCUGGCAGCGUCCCCGUCACGGCCACCGUUCUGCCGCAGUUAAGCGCGGGGCCUGCGGCCAGCUCCAGCGCCACCACCGUGGGGCUCCUGGAGUGGACCGAGGCUGCGGCCCCGCCUCCUGGGAGCGGCCUGCGGUUCCGGAUAAGCGAGUACGCACCGCUGAACAUGGUAGGAGCGGAGCAGCCCCCGAGCCCCGAGCUACGGCCCGAAGGUGUGGCCGAAUAUGAAGAUGGCGAGGCCCCGGCGGGAGGUGGCGAUGCGGGCACCCAACAGCCGGCGGACCUCCCCCAGGAUCCUCCAGAAGAUCCCCCCCAGGAUCCCCCAGAAGAUGAUGGCACUUGUCAGUGCCAGGAGUGUGGACCUCAGCAAAGCGCGGGUCCAGAUGCUGCUGGUUCCUCCAAUGAUGACUGCCCGCCACUGUUCCAAGAGCGGUCAGUCAUAGUGGAGAACUCCUCAGGCCAGAACUCCUGCACCAGCACUUCUGAGCUUCUCAAACCCAUGAAGAAGAGGAAGCGCAGGGAAUACCACAGCCCGUCGGAGGAGGAGUCAGAGCCUGAGGCCUUGGAGAAGCAAGAAGAAGGAAAGGAUCCAGAGGGCCAACCCACUGCUCGCACCCCAGAAAGUGAGGAGUGGAACAGCCAGCCUGCAUCAGGGGAGAAGAAGGAAGGCUGGUCAUGGGAGUCCUACCUCGAGGAGCAGAAGGCUGUGACUGCCCCUGUCAGCCUCUUCCAGGACUACCAGGCAGUCACUCAUAAUAAGAAUGGCUUCAGACCGGGCAUGAAGUUGGAAGGCAUCGACCCUCAACACCCGUCCAUGUACUUCAUCCUCACCGUGGCCGAGGUGUGUGGCUACCGCCUACGUCUGCACUUUGAUGGGUAUUCCGAGUGCCAUGACUUCUGGAUCAAUGCCAACUCCCCUGACAUUCACCCCGCUGGCUGGUUUGAGAAGACUGGGCACAAGCUGCAGCCCCCCAAAGGUUACAAGGAGGAGGAGUUCAGCUGGAGCCAGUACCUGCGCAGCACCCGAGCUCAGGCCGCCCCCAAGCACCUGUUUGCGAGCCAGAGCCACAGCCCCCCACCCCUGGGCUUCCAGGUGGGCAUGAAGCUGGAGGCGGUGGAUCGCAUGAACCCGUCCCUCGUCUGUGUGGCCAGCGUGACCGACGUGGUGGACAGCCGCUUCCUCGUGCACUUUGACAACUGGGACGAUACUUACGACUACUGGUGUGACCCCAGCAGUCCCUACAUCCACCCGGUGGGCUGGUGCCAGAAGCAAGGAAAGCCCCUCACUCCUCCACAAGACUAUCCAGACCCUGAUGGCUUCUGUUGGGAGAAAUAUCUGGAAGAAACCGGGGCCUCUGCUGUGCCCACCUGGGCCUUCAAGGUGCGGCCCCCACACAGCUUCCUGGUCAACAUGAAACUGGAAGCCGUGGACCGCAGGAACCCAGCCCUGGUGCGCGUAGCCAGCGUGGAAGAUGUGGAGGACCAUCGGAUAAAGCUCCACUUUGAUGGCUGGAGUCAUGCCUAUGACUUCUGGAUUGACGCCGACCACCCGGACAUCCACCCCGCGGGCUGGUGCUCCAAGACAGGGCAUCCCCUGCAGCCUCCUCUCCGACCCAGAGAGCCCAGCUCUGCCUCCCCUGGGGGCUGUCCCCCUCUCAGCUGUCGGAGCCUGCCACACACUAGGACCUCCAAGUACAGCUUCCACCACCGGAAGUGCCCCACUCCUGGUUGUGAUGGUUCCGGCCACGUCACAGGCAAGUUUACAGCUCACCACUGCCUCUCGGGCUGCCCCCUGGCUGAGAGGAACCAGAGUCGGCUGAAGGCGGAGUUCUCCGACACAGAGGCCUCGGCCCGUAAGAGGAACCUCACGGGCUUCUCCCUAAGGAAGAAGCCUCGCCAUCACGGCCGGUGCGGAGGGCAAGGGUGCAGGAACUCGUGUCCUCUGGGGCCAGGCCAGGCACUGAUUCCCUGCCACGGACCCGGUCCCUCUCUCUCCAGGAUUGGCCGUCCUCCAAAGUACCGGAAGAUCCCGCAAGAAGAUUUCUCGAGACACCAGACUGGAUGAGAGCCCACCCUAACGGCCUCAUUUGAACUUAAUCACCUGUUGAAAGACCCGUCUCCCAAUACAGCUGACCCUUGAACAACAGGGGUUUGAACUGCGUGUCUCCACUUAUGUGCGGAUUUUUUAUAGCACAGUACUAUAAAUGUGUUUUCUUUAUGAUUUUCUUACUAACAUUUUCUUUUCUAGCUUCCUUUAUUGUAGGAAUACAGUAUAUAACCCAUAUAACAUACAAAAUCUAUGUUAAUUGACUGUUUAUAUUGGUAAGGCUCCCAGUCAACAGUGGGGUAUUAGCAGUGAAGUUUUUGGGGAAGUCAAAGUUAUACAUGGACUUUGACUGCAUGGGGUGUUGGUGCCCCUCACCCCCACAUUGGUCAAGGAUUAAAUGUAUAGUCCCAUUCAGAGGUACUGGGGGUAAGGCUUCAACAUAUGAAUUUGGGGGGAAUACAGUGAAGCCCAUAGCAUGCUCCAAAGGGAGGGACAAGGUGACUGAGCCUUCCUUUGGGUGACAGAUUCACCUCAUGUCUUCAGCCACCGGCACAGGGCCUGAUAGAUAGCAGGAGCUCUAGGGCUCUUGCCUUAGUGGAGUUGAAUGCCCAUGGUCUUAAGGCUAGAAGAGACCAUGGGAGAUCACCUGGUUCAGUGCUCAGUUUGUGGACAGGACUUAAGCUCUUCCAGUUCUUCAGGAACAGUCUCUGCAACCUGGACUAUAUGGCAUGGUCGUUAAAAGCACAGUGCUGGAGUCAGACGGCCUUUUACGGGCUGGGAGACCUCGGGCAGGUGACCCCCCUCUGAGCCUCAGCUUGCUCAUCUGUGCAAUGCUGAUGAUAUGCCCACCUCAGAAGGUAGUAGGGGGCUUAAAUAAAAAGGUCAAGUAAAGGGCUUAGCACCAGUACCUACUGGUAUUAUUAGCCCUGUGUGUGUGGUUGACCUCCUCGUGCUGCCGUUCCAUACUCCUCUUGGUGGAAGCAGAAGGCACUUCCUGAGGCUUCAGGCUUGAGUGAGGAGGGGCUUGGCCAGCCUCCCUGCCCUCAGAGUGAGGACUUCUGGGGACGGGACUAUAGUGGGCAUCUUCUCUACCUGACUGUGGGACACCUGGCCAGCUUCCCGUCCAGGGCCAGGUUCUGACCACCAGGAGGCGCAUGCCUGUGUGUUCAUUCCAGAAGCAUCGUGAGAACUUGGGAAGUUGUCUUUCCAGAGACUGAGGCUAUGGCGGGAGAGGGUGAGGAAGGGCUUACCCAAUAAUAAUAAUAAUAAUGCUGUAGGUUGAAUGUUUGUGUCCCCCCACAAAUUCAUAUGUGAAACCAAAUGGUAUUAGGAGGUGGGGCUUUGGGGAGGUGGUUAGGUCAUAAGGGUGGAGCCCUCACAAAUGGGAUCAGUGCCCUUAUAAAAGAGACCCCCAAGAGCUCCCUUGCUCCUUCCACCAUAUGAGACCCAGCAAGGGAAGUUGGCUGUUAGCCAGGAAGUGGGCCUUCACCAUAUACCAAAUCUGCUGCUGCCUUGAUCUUGGAUUUCCCAGCCUCCGUGACCGUGAGGAAUACAUUUCUGUUGUUUGUAAGGCCAAAGAAACCAAAAACCCAGCAGCUUCUGACUUGUCCCUAGUUGGCUCGCAGUUCGAUAAGACACCUGCUGCCCGCAAGAGCCCCCAUCCCGUGCUCUGGGGAAGAAAGAGAAGGAGCAGGGCUCCCUACAGCCUCUUGGCCUUGUCCCCCAAGACCCCUCCGCUGGUACGUGGAGAACCAGAAACAGCCUCAGAGGCAGGAGGCCAAACCUCCUCUGGCCAGGAGAUGGCCAGGAGAUGAAGCGCUGGGCAGAGGCUGCCCAGGGAGAGGCUCCUGGUGCCGCCGGCAGGCACCGAGAGCUGGCUGAGUGGCGCCCGGGAGCGGCUCCCUCGUGGGGCUGGAGGCCGGCUCCUGGGGUCCGAUGAGCAGGGAUGGCAGCAGGCAGGAGGAGCUACAGAGGGCGGCGCGGGGAGGUGGGGGGAGAUCCUAAUAGGAUCCUGGAGGCUCGGCGGGUGGUUGCGAGGGGCAGGGUCGGGGCGAAAGGCCAAAGCUAAGGGGCCCAAAGGAUCAGGGCAGGGACCGUCUGUGACGAGAAGGGGGCGGUGGCGAGGGGCAGCCUCGGGUCCAGAACUGACGCCCAGUGAACAGCAAAGAGGCAGCUCUCUUGGGCUGUGAGCAGAGAGAGGCAGGGCAGGCCCCGUGGGGCAGAGGCCACAUGGCUCAGGGCCUGCUGAGGCUGGCAAGGUAGGCAGGGGCCAGGCUCGUCAGAGAGGCCAAAGGGAGUUGAAGUCCAGGCAGGUGAGCGCCGGGCCUGGCCAAGGAGGAGGCCCCGCAGAGCAGCAUCACUCCUGAGACCCCCUAGCAGCAGCCGAGGCUGGAGGCUGGGAGGCAGGCCCCAGGCAGAGCGGCGGGCAGCGUAGGCAGGGGGUGGAGCGGAGCAGGCUGGGGUGGGGUAGGGGAGAGGAGCGGAGCCGGACACAGUGGCCGCAGCUUCCGGGGGCGGGGGGUUCCCACACGGAGACCCCCUGACUCUGCUUCAGUUGGUCAGGGCCCCAAAGGCCUCAGGAAAAGGAGGGCAAACCGAACGGGCUUCUGCUGCCCAGGCUGAGAGUCUUGGCUGUUAGAGGCCAUUCUGGUGUGGAGCAUCUGGAGAACUGUUGGGAAUGCCUCAGCAUCUUGUGGGGCCCAGGGUGAUACAGCCUGAGAGAGAUGGGGCCGGGUCCUUCCUCACGGCUGACUCCCGAGAGUCCGCAAAGCGAGAGACUCACUUAACCAGGGGGAGCGAGCAGUGCAUGAGGGGUCCCGUCGCCCUCCCUCUUGGCUCUGCGAGACUCUCACUCAGAAGGGGGCCGUUGUCCUCCCGAGGGGCAUGGGUACGAGCGGGCCUCGGGGAGCAGCUGAGUCCUCAGCAUCGGCCUGCAGCCUCGGCCUCUGCCUCUAGCGCUAGCCGCCGACGCCGUGCACCAGUCCCUCUUCAUGUCGGCCCUGUCGGCCCACCCGGACCGCUCGCUGUCCAUGUGCUGGGAGCAGCACUGCAAGCUCCUGCCGGGAGUGGCGGGCA